CCGCGGGCUAUCGGCAACGAGCCCCACGCGAUCGAUACACCUACGCAGACACUCAAAAGUUAUGGCCGAUUUACGGGUCCGGUGCAGCGGAACCUGCUCCCCGAAAGACUGAAGAGGACGUCGAUAUGGCCUGGCGACCUGGCGACCCACUGCGCUGAACCAUCGAGCAGGCCGCGACGGAACGCGUCUCCCGGUGACGCUCAGCGCACGUCACCCAGCAACAGAUUCCCAUAGGUUGGCCCGCUCACGCAUCCCCCGCUGCUUGCCAGCGGGGCUGGGAAGCGAUGCCGUGUGGAUAAAUAUAGACGCCCGGCGCGUGGAGCCUUUUAAAAGGAACCGGCCGCAUUUUGGCAAAACUGCUGAAAACACCGUCGCGGCAAGUGCUCUCGCUAGAUUCGAAACAGUGCGAAAUCCAGCUAGCAUGGCCAAAAGUGCCCCAGCCAUCGGUAUCGACCUCGGUACAACGUACUCAUGUGUGGGAGUCUUCCAGCACGGCAGAGUGGAGAUCAUCGCCAAUGACCAGGGGAACCGGACCACGCCCAGCUACGUCGCCUUCACAGACACCGAGAGGCUCAUUGGUGACCCGGCUAAAGCGCAAGUGGCUCUCAAUCCCGAAAACACUGUGUUUGACGCCAAGAGACUCAUUGGCAGGAAGUACGAUGACCCCAAGAUUCAGCAGGACAUCAAGCACUGGCCGUUUAAACUAAUCAAUCAAGGAGGCAAGCCCAACAUCAGCGUGGAGUUUAAAGGAGAGCGAAAGAUUUUCAAUGCGGAAGAAAUUAGUGCCAUGGUGCUGACCAAGAUGAAAGAAACAGCCGAGGCUUAUCUCGGUAAUGCCGUCAAAGAUGCGGUAAUCACCGUGCCUGCUUACUUCAACGACUCUCAGCGACAGGCCACGAAAGACGCCGGAGCUAUUGCGGGCCUCAACGUACUUCGCAUCAUCAAUGAGCCCACCGCAGCCGCUCUUGCUUACGGCUUGGACAAGAACCUGAAAGGCGAGAAAAACGUGCUAAUAUUCGACUUGGGUGGAGGCACUUUCGAUGUGUCCAUUCUCACUAUUGACGAGGGUUCAAUGUUCGAGGUUCGCUCCACAGCAGGAGACACGCAUCUCGGGGGGGAAGACUUCGAUAACCGGCUGGUGAACUACUUCGUCGAAGAGUUCACAAGGAAACACAAGCGUGACCUGAAAACAAACACGAGAGCCAUCAGACGCCUGAGAACUGCCUGCGAACGUGCAAAGCGAACACUCUCGAGCAGCACAGAAGCCAGCAUUGAAAUCGACGCACUCUUUGAUGGAAUUGACUUCUACAGCAAAAUCACAAGAGCCAGGUUCGAAGAAAUGUGUAUGGACCUAUUCCGCAGUACCUUGGAACCUGUAGAGAAAGCACUCCAGGACUCAAAGCUCGGAAAGUCUCAAAUACAUGAGAUCGUGCUGGUGGGCGGAUCUACGCGCAUCCCAAGAAUUCAGAAGCUACUCAAGGACUUCUUCAAUGGUAAGGACCUAGCCAUGUCCAUCAAUCCCGAUGAAGCUGUUGCUUACGGAGCAGCUAUUCAAGCAGCUAUUCUAACAGGAGACACGAGUGAUAUUAUCAAGGACGUGUUGCUCGUCGACGUUGCCCCUCUUUCACUGGGAAUCGAAACCGCAGGUGGUGUAAUGGCAAAGAUUGUAGAGCGUAACAGCCGCAUACCUUGCAAGACAUCCAAGACAUUCACGACGUACGCAGACAACCAAACUGGCGUCACCAUUCAAGUGUUCGAAGGCGAGCGGGCCAUGACUAAGGACAACCACCUCCUGGGCACUUUUGACCUGAUGGGCAUCCCACCGGCACCAAGAGGAGUGCCCCAGAUUCAGGUGACCUUCGACCUGGAUGCCAACGGCAUCCUCCAGGUUUCUGCAAAGGACGAGAGCACCGGACGCUCGGAGAGCAUUCGCAUCACCAACGACAAGGGCCGCUUGUCCAAAGAUGAGAUUGACCGUAUGCUGGCAGACGCCGAGAAGUACAGGCAGGAAGACGAGAAACAGCGAGAAAGGGUGACCGCGAGGAAUAACCUUGAGUCCUACGUGUACAACGUUAAGCAGUCCGUGGAAAUGGUGGGAACCGACAAACUCGAGGCCAGCGACAAAGAGAAGGUGCUGAGCAAGUGUGAGGAAGUGAUCAACUGGAUCGACAGGAACACGCUGGCCGAGAAAGACGAGUACGACGAUAAGAUGAAGGACAUGCAGCAGGUGUGCGCACCCAUCAUGACCAAGCUCCAUCAAGGCUCUGGUCAGCAGGCGCCUCCCAACCAAGGCGGCGCCGCCGGACCAAAGAUUGACGAGGUGGACUGAGUGUUGCCAACAUGGGAGAUCGUCAUUGUCCUUUGAACUGAGAAUAGAACCGAGAACUCGGUUGUGGACUCAUUGGUGGAUAUCCCUCGAGCAUUUCAUGCAAUCACUCGACAGUGGCGUCUCCACUUAAAUUAUGGGGGGACGUCAAAGGCUUACCGUACGCUUUGCGUCUUAAGUUUUGCAAGCGCUGUGAGUUCAGCUCCAUAACGUGUCGUGCAGAAAUAUAACAUAGCGUCAAAUACGUCGUAGAAUAUCGAAUUAUAAAAUAAUCAGUGGUAUAGUUUUGAGGAUGCGUUCAUAGCUUGAAAUAUCUGUUGUUCGCUUUAAUUUUCUAUAAUCUUUCAAGUUGGUUGACAUCUUUGUGUCGGUUGCGUUCGCAGCAACCAAAACGACAACGACAAAGUCACCGGGACAAGUGUUUGCCGCACAAAACGUGGCAGGCAAUGCAAGAGGCAGCUUCGCGAAGGAAUUAUGAGUCACGCUUGUUCGGGGGUUUCGGUCGUUUCUGUCGGUUUGAGUGUUGUGAACGCCACCGUCGCAAAUGCGUGACCGGCCUUUAGUCGUAUCUUUGAUUACUGUAUUUCGUUUUACAUCGAGCUUUUUUUUUUCCUUUCUUUUUUUCUGCAUGUAUGUGGGAGAGCGAGCGAGAGAGUUUUCACUCCAAGUUGUCUGCCCUAAUAAACGGAUCUCUUGAAGUCAAA